ACAUUAAAAAUUGAUAUCAUAGCUAUUACUGAUCGGCUUAGCACCCUGCUGGAGAUGGCGCUGCAGAUUGCACAUAAUAAUCGUGGCAAUCCGCACGCGCUGCAUCCUCCACCAGCCGCCGAGCUUGUAGAGGUCUUUGUGCUAUUUGUCAACACAACAAAUCGCACUGUUGAUCUCUAUUGGGUGUGCGACCGCGAUACGGAGAACAUGUAUCUCAGCUUGAAGCCGUUCGAGGAGGUGCGCGUCAACACGUACAACACGCACACUUGGCUCUUCCGCGACUACUACACAGGCGAGCGGAUGCACGUUAAGUCCAGGCGCAUAUUUGUGCCCGUUCCCAUGCGCGUUCCAAAGAACCCUCAACAUCCCGAGGAGCUGUGCGAUGUACGCAGCCAGGUGAACAUCCAUUUCCCGAUGCGCAAACUCAAGGACACCUGUCUUUGGCUGCUUGCGCGCUAUCUAAAUCGCACGAGCAAUUCACCUCGAAGGCUGGUCAGCAACUAUAUGAUACCUUCGACGCUGAAGCAACAGUUGUUCGUUAUUCUGACCACCAUGGAGUCCUACUCGAGGACGGCUCGCAUCAGACGGCGUCGCGUCCGAGAGAUGAUAAAUAAUAUUUAAAGUGGCAUAAGGGAAGAAAGCCAAGCUUGAUUUCCAAAUAGUUUUAAUAAUAACUUUAAUUGAUUUUCAAUUGUAUCAUCUUUCCUUUGAUUUGUUUGUUUGUUACUUAUGUACAAAUUGGCUUGCAUAGAGCGUUUUAUAGGUUGGUUUUCUACGAUUGCAUUGAUUUUUGUAUUUUU